AGCCCUGGCGGGGCCAGGGGAGCAGCGGAGGGUGUUGGGAUGAGUGAUCGAGAGCCCGAGCUGGAGGCGGGCUCCAGCCUUGAUAAACCACUUGUCCCAGCUUGCCCAGCCUGUGAUCAACAGCCUUAUCAUUGUGCAAGGUCCAUCAAGAUGCUGCAGGUGCCGCUGCCCCUGGACCGCGAUGGGAUCCUCUUCCGGCUCCGCUUCACCACGCUGGCUCUGGGGACUGUGUUCUGCCCGCUCUUUGGGUUCCUGUUCUGUGUGAUCUGGUCUCUGCUCUUCCAUUUUCGGGAGACGACAGCGACUCACUGCGGGGUGCCCAACUACCUGCCGUCCAUCAGCGCGGCCAUCGGAGGCGAGACCCCGCAGCGCUACGUCUGGCGCCUCUGCAUCGGCCUGCACUCGGCUCCCCGCUUCCUGGUGGCCAUCGCCUACUGGAACCACUACCAGAGCUGCCACUGCUCCCACCCGCGCUACCUGCGCCUCUGCCACUGCAACCUGCUGCUCAACCUGCUCGAGAACUUCGCCCUCCUCAUCCUCACCUACGUGUCCUCCUCUGAAAACUACGCAAUCCAUGAGAACGCCUUCAUCGUGUUCAUCACCUCAGCUCUGGGCCACAUGCUGCUGACCUGCAUCCUCUGGAGGAUGACGAAGAAACACACAGUAAGUCCCGAGGAGCGCAAGUCCUACAAGUGGAAGCAGCUUCUCUUCUUCUUCACCUUCAUCACGUUUGCAUUUGCUGUGUGUGUCUACUUCCACCACAACUGGUACUGCGGCCCCGGAGUGUACACCAUCUUUGCCUUCCUGGAGUACCUGGUUGUCCUCUCCAACAUGGCCUUCCACAUGACCGCCUUCUGGGACUUCGGCAACAAGGAGCUGGUGGUGAGCUCGCUGCUGGAGGACAAGCACUUCUAGCAGGCCGGGGGGGCAGAGCCCCUUCCCUCUCCUGUUGUCCCCAGGCUGGGGCCAGGAUGUUUGCUGUGGAGCCGCCACAAGGAUUGUCCCGGGGUCCUGGACCCCACAAGUGUCUGCACAUGGUCCCUGGCUGCACCUGGAGCUCUUGGAGCAGAGCGGGGGGCUCUUGCUGGGGACCCCCGAGGUGAUACCCCUGUCCUGGCUCCCUGCUGGCUACUGGGAUGGGCAGGAGGAUGGAGAUGGGAACCUGCUGCCUGUUGCUUUGGAGGAUGCUCUGGGCAGAGCAGGAUUUUGCUCCCAGGGCCGUGGGGGACCAGGCUGGCCCUGCCUUGGCUGGGUGGUCUCAUGGUUCCUCUUCCAGCCUUGGCCGAGGUCCUCAAAAGGAGCUGGUGACUUUUUGGACCUCGAGGCUUAAGGCAGCCUCGGGAGAAGGACUUGCUGCCCCUGCAUCUGAGGCUGCAGCCUCAAAACGGAGCAAUCCACAACCUUAACUUGUUGGGAAGCCAUUGUGCGGGGCUGGGGCAGAGCUGGCCCCACGAUGGAGCUGGGCCAGCUUCUUCCCAAGCCUGGGAUGAGCUCAGGAGCCACGGCUGGGCGCUGCUGCCCAUCCCCAUGCUGGGGUUGCUGGGAGGAGAACACCUUCAGCGGUGCUGGCCCAUGCACAGACUGCACAGGAGCAGAGCAGGAGGGCACGAGCGUGGGACACACGGGGUGCAGCAGACACUGAGAGCACCCACACGGACCCUGCCUGUGCCAGAGGCCCCCUCCAGUGAGCAGAGGGUGCUGGGCUCCAGUGCAAGCCCAGGAGAGCGGGCUGGUGCUGGAGGGACUCAUGGGGGUCCACAUGGCUUCCCCUGUGCCACAGGGCUUGAGAUGGGCCGUGCUGGGGUUCCGUGGUGCUGCUGCUGCCCUGGAGGAAGGUGCUGGUGGGCUCUGGGUGCUGUGGGGGCUGGCACGGGGGUGGUGCCGCCAGGUGCUGGGCUCCUCCUGGAGCUGCACUGCUGGAAGGCGCUGCUGCUGCUCUGGCUUGAGGGGCAAUGGCACAGGGGAAUCAGCCGCAUCCUGCACCGGGAGGCACCGGGAAGCUGGUGCUGUGCCUGGAGAGGUCACACAGGGCUCACUCCUGAGGGCUCCAAGGAAGAGGAAUGGGCAGGGGUGGCGGGCAGGGGGACAGUGCUGAGCCUCCCCACACCAGGAGCUGUCUUGAACUUGGGGAGCCUGGUGCUUGCAGAGCUCACCCCAUGCUCAGUCAUGAAGGUCCCUGCAGCGCCCUCCAUGUGAGUGAGUCCCUUGGGAUGUCCCAGUGCUCAUCCCUGUGCUCCUGGGCCUUGGGCAGAGCCUCCUCCCGCAGGAAGGAGCUGUGGUGCCCCGGCUGGUGCCCCGGCUGGUGCCCUGGCUGGUGGCCUGGAUGGUGGCCUGGCUGGUGCCCCGGCUGGUGGCCUGGCUGGUGGCCGUGGCUGAGCUGGGUCUGCUUUGGCGUGUGUCCUGCCGUGUGUGUCCCACCGUGUGGGCCGGGUCCAUGUACCCCUGGUGCGUGUCUGCGGGUCUGCCCCGCGCUGGGGCUGCGCUGGAAUAAAUCUCUGAGGAGUUUGUGA